UGGUCGUGUUCUGAACGUAUCGCUAGCCGAAUACAAAGAGUUGUUUCCACGUGGUUCCGGAAAGAUGCCUGAGAAGAAAAUUGGUCGUCGUUUAUCGAAAAAAGGAUUGCGACAGCGUUUGCAAGCUGACUUCAGAAUGCUCGAUGCGGCCAUAACCACCGAUCUCCCUAUGAGGAAUUGGUUCGUUUCUUUUUAUUCUUGCUGUCUUUCUGCGGUUGUGUCAUUGUUUCAAAACAAAUGCGAGUAUUAUAUACCUUUGGUAUUAUUUAUUAUUUCAAUCAAAUUUUGCUUUUCGUCAGCAGUAUCAAAGAUGAACUAG